AUGUCAAAUGCCCAACAAACCCUAGCCAUACUUAAACCUCACAUAGUGAAGAACCCAUUUUCACUUAACCAAGUUAAAAACAUAAUUUUGAAAUCGAAUUUCGAAAUUGUAUGUUUGAAGAGAAAGAUAAUCAGCAUAAAAGAAGCAGAAUCAUUCUACAGUGAACACAAAGGACAAUUUUUUUAUAAUAGGUUGGUUAGCUUCAUGACCAGUGGCCCAAGUGAGUUGAUGGUAUUAGCUAGGGAGAAUGCUAUACAAGAAUGGCGGCUAUUGAUGGGACCAACAAAAGUAUUUAGAGCACAAUUUGAAAAUCCAUGUAGUUUAAGAGGGCAGUUUGGACUAUCAGAUACUAGGAAUGCCACACAUGGAUCUGAUUCGCCAGAAUCUGCAGUUAAGGAAAUACAACUAUUUUUCCCAGAAUUCAGCUAG